AUGGCGCCAAACAAGAACGGCAGCGUGCGGAGUCGCAGUCCGAAGAACAAAGGCCUUCAGCGAAUCGAUGCAUCUCCCGGAGAUGUCAACUGGCUCACCGGAGCUCCGUACUCAAAGCGCUUCUUCGACAUCCUCAAGGCACGCAGGAAGCUGCCUUGUUGGGAGAAGAGGGAGGAUGCCGUAAACAUGGUUCGGAACAAUCAGAGCUCCGUCCUCAUCGGAGAGACGGGCAGCGGGAAGACUACACAGGUCCCUCAGUUCCUGCUUUCUUCCGGUGGCGAGCUUGGCUCCGGAAAGAUCGCAGUGACCCAACCUCGACGUGUGGCAGCGAUGAGUGUUGCUGCCCGAGUGGCGCAGGAGAUGGACGUCGAACUAGGGCAGGAGGUUGGGUACAACAUCCGCUUUGAGGACGUCACUUCUGAGAAGACGCGGCUCAAGUACAUGACCGAUGGAAUGCUUCUGCGCGAGUGUCAGACAGACCCUCUCAUGAGCCAGUAUUCCGUCAUCAUCCUCGAUGAGGCCCACGAGAGGACGCUGGCAACGGACAUUCUCUUCGGCCUCUUGAAGGAGGCAAUUCAAACGCCAGCCGACGAAGACGAAACAGAGUGCCGAGCUCAGGAACGGGAGGGGGAGCCGGAGGAAGAACCACCCACGAUCCUUGAGCGCGCCCCGGGAGCUCCACCUCUUCCAUGCGGCUUUCGUCGUUUCCUCAGUGUAGAGUGCUACACUAACCCAAUCCAACCGGAGCAAAGCUUCGCAAUGUAA